GCGGUGAUCGAUUUCGACGAAUCGCCGAGGAGAUCUGCGUGGCCGGCGCGGUUCAAAAACUUUCGCUCAGACGUCGAAAAGAACAACCUAGAGUUUCUCAAUUUGGCGCCGGAGGAAGAGGGUCGUCCACUUCCUCCACUAACCAAGGACGAGGUCAUGACACCUGAGCUGGAUGUGCAAAUUCUCUCCUCCCACGUCCGCGCAACGCUGGCCAGACGAGAGCCCUUGUCAAAACACGAAUGGCGAGAGAUGAUGCAUUGUAUUUACCAGCGGUAUUUGCCCUACGAUCACUACAUUCGCCAAACUCGCUACUGGUAUCUGGGCAUGGCUCAGUCCAUCAUCGACCAGUUCCCGUUUGUGUUCUCUCACUUGAACAGACGCGAUGCGAUGGGUCUUGUUGCUCGUCGUCUGAAGAACAAGUUCAAAAACAGCCGCCGAAUAUCUACAAACAAAAAUGAGAGGCGGCAUGGCCUUUCUGGUCUAGAUGGCUCGCCAGGGUCCUCUGCUGCGCGGCGAAACAGUGGCGAGAAUGCGACUGAGGCGUCGAACGACCCCAAUAUCACAUCACUGGAGCAACAGAGUGACGGGAGCACUGGCGCGAAGGGAAGUGAUGUCACGACGAACAAAGCGCCCCAAAUUCCCGACAUAGACCAAGUCUCAGAUCAUGGUUCUGAAGAACUGUCAACGGCAGAUGAUGUGGACGUCCUCGAUGAAGCUUCGUAGAGGUCGAUCGUUCACGUUUCAAUGCGAGAGAGUAGACUGUUCCUGUGUCCUCCGUAGACAGUGAGGAGUACCGUAAAGUGGGGCUAUUUGAGACAGUGGGGCUAUUUGAGACAGUAAUUAAAAUCGCUAUAAAAUGAAGAUCGUUUGAUUUUCAUGCGAUAUUUUUGCUCAGGAAGGUGUGUAAUCGAGCAGUAAAUCGCCUGAGCAAAAAUUAAGCGUACAUUUCAAACGGUUUUUAUUUUAUAACAAUUUUAGUUACUGUCAAAUAGUCCCACUGUCUUAAAUAGCCCUACCUUACGGUACUUGGAUUGCGACACAAAGUUUGCGUGUGAUGCCCUGAGUUGUGUGUGACUAGGCGUAGUUGGUGUUCUUAGUUCUCGCUGUGUUUGGUGUAAGCGGUGUGCUUUGAAGCCGUGAAGGGAAUGUGGAGAAUGUAGUUGACAUUCAAUAACUUGGCUGACUGGUCAAGAAGCUAGGGACUUAAGGAGCUGUUGUCUUUUUUUCUUUUCCGUUGGGGUCAGGGAUCCUUUUGUGACAACUUGCUUCUGAAUGUUUUCAUGUUUCAACGUUUUUAGUGUUUUAUGUUAAUAGAAAUGCUUCUUUAUGUGA